AUGGCGCCUGCCCGACCCGGCCGCAAGCGGCCCCAGGCACCAUGGCGGCCCCAGCGCGGCGGCCGCGACGCCCCCCGCGCCCUGCCGCCCGCCUUGGCCGCCACCGGCCGUGCCCACACCCGGCCGUACCCUUCCCCUGCUCGGCUCCCACUACGGCCGCCCGCUGCCGGGGAGCCGGAGGUGCGGGGCGAGGGCCCGCGGUGGGGCUCGCUCUGCGACCGCCGCUGCGCCGCCAUUAACGACCCGCAUGGCGACCUGCCCUCGGCCUCCCACCCCCAUGCGCCCACACCCGCUCGCCUCUCGCCCGCAGUCGUCACCCACCAGCAGCACUUGAACGAGGUGCCGGCGUGCGAGAGCUGCGGUUCAAAGACCACGCUGACGGCUGAGAGCGCGGUGGAGGCCAACAAGCUCUUCAACGACGACAAGUUCGGCUUCAAGAAGUGGAAGAGACACGCGACCGCCCGGCCCUGGGAGGACCGCUCGGAGAUCAGGAAGGAGCUCUACUCCAACCUGAACGUCAUCCGCGGCUUUGGAGGCUCCACGGUGACGUUGGGCAGCAUCCUCUAUGCGCUGCUCUUCGGCUGGUGGCUGACGCUCCUCUACGUCCUGGUGGCCGCCGAGAUGUUCCUCACCGUCGUGGGGGCUCCUUACGGGCGGCUCUGCAGGGACCUGGACAGCUACUUCCUCUGGCCCUUCAGCAAAGUGAUCCAGCGGGUGGAGGGUCCCGCCGCGGAGGCCGACGGCACCCGGGAGACCUCGGCCCUGCUCGGCGGCCCAGCGCCCGGCCGCUGGUGCCCCGCGGACCCCGGCUACCGGCAACGCGCUGCCGCUGCUGCCGAGUGGCUCUGCCUGGGCUACCCGGCGCUGGCACUGGCCCACGGGCUCGUCUGCUUCGUCGCCUGGCUCCUCUUCUUCCUCAUCUCCGUCACCAAGAUGAGCACCCGCACGGCCCACCGGGUGCUGCUGCCGCCCCCGGAGCGGGUACGCAUCCGGCGCCCGCGCAUGACGAACGUGCCGCUGGAGGCGGAGGUGAUCAAGUGCUGCUACCGCGCCAUCAACGCCUAGUACUACAAGUACGCCGUGGACGGCAUCAACGUCUUCGCUGUCAACCUGCUGCUGCUGGUGGUGGUGACGCUGGUGCUGGGCUACGUGGACGGGCGCAACUGGGUGACGAGCUCGCCCGUGAAGUUCGCCCUGGCGCUGCUCUCCAUCAUGCCCCUCUCCUACUACAUUGGCAUGGCCAUCGCCAGCAUCUCGGUGCAGAGCAACGUCGCGGUGGGGGCGGUGGUGAACGCCACGUUUGGCUCCAUCACAGAGCUCACCUUCUACAUCACAGCACUCAUCAAGGGCGCCCAUAAGGGCAGCAAGUGCUACGAGGAGAUCGUCAAGGCGGAGCUGACGGGCACCCUGGUGGGCUGCGUCCUCCUGGUCCUGGGCUUGUGCACGGUCAUAGGAGGCAUCCGGCACCAGGAGCAGAGGUUCAACAGCCGCUCGGCGGGUGUCAGCUCGGCCCUGCUCUUCCUCUCCGUGGGAGGCGUCUUCGCCCCGAUGCUCUUCUCCAAGGUGUACGGGAGGCUGGUGUGCGGCGAGUGCCACAACAUCACCCAGAACGCGCUGGGCCACUACCUCUGCAAGAGCUGCCACUUCGACCUGGUGCAGAACAACAGCAUGCUCUACUACAGCCACGUCCAGCCCCUGGUGUACACAGUGUCCCUGCUGCUCCCUGCCGCCUACCUCAUCGGCCUCUUCUUCACCCUGAAAACUCACUCGCACAUCUAUGACAUCCACAUCAGCGACUGUCACAGGCCCAGCCACCACCACAGCGCCGUGGUCCACUGGUCUCGGUGGAGGGCACUGGUCAUCCUCCUGCUUGUUGUUACAAAACAAAUCGUUGCUGGCAAGAACGGUCCUCUGACUGUUCAGAGACCUGCAUUUCGCCUCUCAAGCAACCUUGUGGAUCUUCAUGGCCUCAGCCAUGAGGAGGCCUCUGUUGCUGAGCAUGUAUCUGGCCAGCGCCUCCUCCAGCGAGAGAGGCAGCCUGAAUCCAAAGUGGUGGCUACCAAUGUGGAGGAAGGCACGGUGGAGGAAGAGCCUCAAGGCAGGUGA